AUGGCAGCAGCAGCACAGCUGCUGCUGCUGCUGUUGCUGCUGCUGCUGCUGCUGGAUGGGGCUCUCUGUAUAGGGCUUCGCCGUGCUGCUGCUGCGGCUUCGAGCCCGGCCUUCUUGCUGCAGAGCAGCAGCAGCCGCUGCAGCAGCAGCAGCAGCAGCAGCCACUGCAGCAGCAGCAGCAAGAGCAGCAGGUGCGCAAGAAACGCCAGCGACGGCAGCAGCUGUAACAGCAGCAGCUGUGGCACCAGAAGCAGCAGCAGCAGCAGCAGCAGCAGCAGCAGCAGCGGCAGCAGCAGCAGCAGCAGCAGCGGCAGCAGCAGCAGCAGCAGCAGCGACAGCAGCAGCAGCAGGUGCAUUGACAGCGAACGCAGUGCCCCGCAUAUUCUGCAACAGCAGCAGCAGCAACAGCAGCAGCAGCUGCUGCAGCUGCAGCAGCAGCAGCAACAGCAGCAGCAGCUGCUGCAGCUGCAGCAGCUGCAGCAGCUGCAGCAGCAGCCAGCGCUCAACUUGCUGCUGCUGCUGUCAUAUGACGGCAGCAACUUCUCAGGGUGGAAAGACACUCGACCUCUUAUUUCUCGCUGCAUCAGCAGCAGCAGCAGCAGCAGCAGCAAGAGCAGCAGCAGCAGCAAGAGCAGCAGCAGCAGCAGCAGCAAGAGCAGCAGCAGCAAGAAAAUAAGAACUGUCGAGGCGGUGCUGCGAGAAGCAGCAGCACGAGCUUUUGCUGCUUUCGCUACCAAUCAGCUCCACCGCUGGCCGCAGCAGCAGCAGCAGCAAGAACAGCAGCAGCAGCAGCAGCAGCACGGAAAAAAACAGUGCGAAGAGCAAGUGCAGCAGCAGCAGAAACUGCAGCAGCAGCACGGAGAACAAAUACGGGCAGCCAGCCGUACAGACACUGGAGUUCAUGCAGCAGGCGCUGUCGCCUCUCCCCUUAUUCCCUAUUGGCAUCACUUGCUGCAGCAGCAACUGCAACGCCGAAAGCAGCAGCAGCAGCAGCAGCAGCAGGAACAGCAGCAGCAGCAGGAAGGGCUACUGCCUGGAGAGCAGCCACAGCAGCAAGAGUGGCAGCGACAGCUAGACCAGCAGCAGCAGCAGCAGCAGCAGCAGCAGCAGCAGGUGCUGCCUCCAGCGGUGCUGCAGCAGCUGCAGCAGCAGCUAAAUGCCCUGCUGCCUCCAGAUGUGCGGGUUCGGCGUGUCGCGGAUUUGCAGCAGCUGCAGCAUAUGGAGCUGCCGCUGCAGCAGCAGCAACAGCAGCAGCAGCAACAGCAGCAGCAACAACACCAGCAGCAGCAGCAACAGCAGCAGCACAGCGGUUGUGAGCCAUUAGCAGGAAGCCAGGAGGCUUCCGCAGCAACACCGGCUGCUGCAGCUAGUCUCAUGCAGCAGCAACAGCAGCAGCAGCAACAGCAGCAGCAGCAACAGCAGCAGCAGCAGCAGCAGCAGCAACAGCAGCAGCAGCAGCAGCAGCAGCAGCAGCAGCAGCAGCAGCCGUUACUGCUGCCUCGACUGGUGGUGGGCAAAACGUACAUAUACACCCUCUCGCUGCAGCAGCAGCAGCACCCGCUGCUACGCAGCAGCAGCUGGGCUCUGCUGCAGGACUCUAGAGUGCUCAAGUGCAGCAGGCGAGCAGCAGCAGCAGCAGCAGCAGCAGCAGCAGCAGCAGCAGGUGGCGAUCCUGCUGUGGGAACUUCUGCUACUGCUGAUGCUGCUGCAGCAGCAAGCGGAAGCCAGCAGCAGCAGCUGCUGCAGCAGUUCUGCAUGGGGUGUAUUCGCGCUGCUGCUGCACUUGUUGAGGGCUGCCACAACUUCAGCCACUUCCGCUCGAAGCACCGGGGAUCGUCUCCUCCACCAUCUCCCUUUUGCUGCGUCGAAUCUGCUGCUGUGUCUUCUGUCUCUUUUCACCCCUGGCCAGUUCCUUGCGGUAAGCAGCAGCAGCAGCAGCAGCAGCAGCAGCAGCAGCAGUGGCAGCAGCAGCAGCAGCAGCAAGCCUCUGCUUGCUCCUGGUGGCGGUUUGCUGCUGCAGCAGGUGCGGCUGCUGCCAGAUGUGGAAAGGAAAUUAUUUCCUUGAGGGAUUUAAAAUAA